UCCUCUGCUACCAGCAGCACACUCAAAAAGCACUUCUCUUCUUCUUCCUCAUCAUCAUCAUCAAUUCAAUUCCUCCUUUCUCCUUUUAAAUCUGCCUCUCCAAACGCCACCUUCCUCUUCAUCCUCAUCCUCAAACCCUCUUCUUCUUCUUCUUCUUCUUCAACACUAGCUGCCAUGAGACACCCUUCUUCUCCUCUUUUCCCUCUCACAUUCUUCUUCUUCUUUUUCUUCUGUCAGAUACAGCUUCUGGUUUACUCUGCUACACCAUCUGCCAUCAUCUCUUUGCUUUCUCUAAAGUCUUCCCUCAUUGACCCUCACAAUACUCUCCAUGACUGGAACUAUUCUGCUUCCUCUAACAAUUCCCAAGACCUACCACCUAUUUGGUGUUCGUGGUCAGGUAUCACGUGCCACGCACGGACUUCUCAGAUCAUCACCAUUGACCUUUCUCAGCGUAAUCUCUCUGGUUCCAUUUCUCCUCAAAUCCGUUACUUGACUACCUUGAACCACUUGAAUCUUAGCUGGAAUAGCUUCACUGGGAUUUUCCCACCUGUGAUUUUUGAACUUGCUGAGCUCAGAACUCUGGAUAUCAAUCACAACUUCUUCAAUUCAACUUUCCCACCUGGGAUUUCGAGGCUCAAGUUCUUGAGAGUGUUCAAUGCUUAUAGCAAUAACUUUGUUGGUCCUCUGCCUUCAGAAUUCAUGAGGCUUCGGUUUCUUGAGAAGUUGAAUCUUGGUGGGAGCUACUUUAACGGUACAAUUCCUUCAGGUUAUGGGAAUUUACCAAGAUUGAAGUUCCUUUAUCUUGCUGGGAAUCUCUUGGAAGGUCCAAUACCAUUUCAGUUAGGGUUCUUAUCAGAAUUGGAACGUCUUGAAAUUGGGUACAACCAGUUUUCUGGAGGAUUACCUGAAGAAUUUGCUUUAUUAUCAAGUCUGAAGUACUUGGAUAUUGCUUCUUCUAAUAUUUCUGGCUCUCUGAUUCAUGAUUUGGGAAACAUGACUAUGCUGGAGACAUUGUUGCUGUACAAGAAUCGGUUAGUGGGUGAGAUCCCAUCAAGCGUGGGCAAUUUGAAAAGUCUCAAUGCACUUGAUUUGUCAGAUAAUAAACUCAGUGGGCCAAUUCCUGAGGAAAUUUCAAUGUUGAAGGAACUAACCAUUUUGAGCUUGAUGAACAACAAGUUAACAGGAGAGAUACCACAAGGGAUCGGAGAUCUUCCAAAACUCGAUACUCUGCUUCUAUGGAACAAUUCGCUUUCUGGGAUUCUCCCACAAACCCUUGGCUCCAAUGGAUUACUCUAUAAAUUUGACGUUUCCACGAAUUCACUCUCAGGUUUAAUCCCACCAAAUGUUUGCAAUGGAAGCAAGCUUAUCAAGCUCAUUCUCUUUGAUAACGAAUUUGAAGGAGCUUUUCCAGAAUCACUCACUAAUUGCACUUCACUGGUAAGGCUUCGAAUCCAAAAUAAUCGGCUCAAUGGAUCCAUCCCUGGUGGUUUUGGCCUUCUUCCCAAUCUCGCCUUCGCCGAUAUGAGCAACAACAACUUCACGGGUCGAAUUCCAGAAGAUUUCGGAGAUGCUCCAACAUUGCAACACUUGAAUCUCUCUGGAAAUUCAUUCGAAAAUCAACUUCCAAGCAAUAUUUGGAACGCUAGGAAUUUACUGGUUUUCUCGGCGAGUUCAUCGAAAAUUAACGGUCAGAUUCCAGACUUCGUAGGUUGCAAGAACAUUUACAGAAUCGAAUUGCAGGGGAAUUUUAUCAACGGGAGCAUUCCAUGGAGCAUUGAGAACUGCGAGAGGCUUAUUGUGUUGAAUCUGAGUCGUAACUCGCUUUCUGGUAUCAUCCCUUGGGAAAUCUCCGUUUUACCCUCAAUCACUGACGUUGACCUGUCGCACAAUUUUCUGUCCGGCACCAUACCCUCCGGUUUCAACAACUGCACUACCCUCGAGAACUUCAACGUCUCUUUCAAUUCCCUCACCGGACCGAUUCCUUCCGCCGGUUCAAUCUUCGCGAACCUAAAUCCCUCCUCCUUCUCCGGCAACGAUGGCCUCUGUGGCGGCCUCCUCGCAAAGCCCUGCGCUAUGGACACUCGCUCUCCUGCAACGGAGGAACAAAAUUACCAUCCGAAGAGAACCACCGGCGCAGUUAUGUGGAUCGUUGCAGCGGCGGUGGCAGUUGCAUUGUUCGCGCUAGUCGCCGGAACCCGAUGCUUCCGAUCUCAUCACGGCCGUCCGUUCAUGAACACCAGCGAAAUCGGACCGUGGAAAUUAACCGCGUUCCAACGGUUGAAUUUUACAGCAGAUGACAUUGUAGAGUGCAUGACAGCCUCGAACAAAAUCAUAGGAAUGGGAUCCACUGGAACAGUGUUCAAAGUGGAGAUGCCAAGUGGCGAUAUCGUAGCCGUUAAAAAGCUAUGGGGUCAACAAAAGGAGACCUCUAAUAGCAUCCGACGGAGGAGAGGGGUGCUAGCCGAAGUGGAAGUGCUAGGGAACGUGAGGCACAGGAACAUAGUGAGAUUAUUAGGGUGUUGCAGCAACAAGGAGAACACCAUGCUGCUCUAUGAGUAUAUGCCCAAUGGGAAUUUAGAAGACUUAUUGCAUGGCAAGAAUGUGGUUGGUGAUUGGUUGACAAGGUAUAACAUAGCACUGGGGGUGGCACAAGGGAUCUGUUAUCUUCAUCACGAUUGUAACCCAGUGAUCGUGCAUCGAGAUCUUAAACCGAGUAAUAUUUUGUUGGAUGCUGGGAUGGAAGCUAGAGUGGCGGAUUUUGGAGUGGCCAAGUUGAUUGAGAGUGAUGAAUCCAUGUCUGUCAUUGCUGGAUCAUAUGGCUACAUUGCUCCUGAAUACGCAUACACCCUACAGGUUGAUGAGAAGAGUGAUAUUUACAGCUAUGGAGUGAUGCUGAUGGAGAUUUUGUGUGGGAGAAGAUCUGUCGAUGCUGAGUUUGGCGAUGGUAAUAGUAUUGUGGACUGGGUUAACUCUAAGAUCAAGGCUAAAAAUGGGGUUGAUUACAUAUUAGAUAAGAAUGUUGGUUCUGGGUGUGCUCCGGUAAGAGAUGAGAUGAAGCAGAUACUUAGAAUCGCGUUGCUUUGUACUAGUCGGAAUCCGGCAGAUCGGCCUUCGAUGAGAGAUGUUGUGAUGAUGCUUCAAGAAGCCAAGCCAAAGAGGAAAAUGUUUGAUAAUAUUGUGUUAGGACAAUGUGGUGAUAAAGAUAUUGGCAGUGGGGAGGAUGAUGAAAUUGUCUUGCCUCAAAAGGCAAAGAUGGAAAUUUAAUAUGAUAUUGAAAAUGGAUUUUUUUUUAACAUUUUUAAUAUUGUGAGGGAUGGGUAUAGGAAGAAGAGAUUUCUUCUUUUCUUUUUUUUCCUUUUUUCUUUUUUUACUUUCGGCGGAAUUUUUCAUCAAGUUGUAAUGUUUUAGACUAG